AUGCCGAUAAAACUGAUGCUAGCCCGCUUGGUUGAGGCCGAUACGCACCUAAAAGACCAGUGGAAGUCGAGAGAAGAGCUAGGACGUUUGAUAUGGGCGCGCGAUCUUUCCCGCGGCUAUGUCCCAACAAGAGAUUCCAUUAUCAGGCGCCUUCAAGAGUAUGAUAAGAUGGUCGAAGAAGAAAAGCCGCCGGACGAUGCAGAGGCUGCUGCUCUUCUAGAGAGGCUGAUGAAGCGAACCGACUUCGACGCCAAGGACAACAGCAAGUUAUGGAACAUGCUGCUCGAUCGCGGAUACCCCCCUUUUGAGAACCGAAGAUUCAACGUCAUCCUUCUCCACGCCAGCACCAACACCUCGUUUGACUACGAAAAUGCGACGACGGGCGAACUGACGGAGAUGUUGAAGCGACGCAAGAUCCGGACCGCGCCCACGGCAUCAGCAACUUUGAAAAUCGAACUACUUAAGCAAGACGAUGAAGCAGAUCGGGACGUUCGGAAUAACGCCUAUGCAGAGGUGCUGGCUUGGAAAAAUUCUUACCAGACAUGCCAGCAGCAGCAACAGGCGCUCGCAGAGGGAAACUACGCCAAUCUCGAUCCUGAAUACAUCCCAGACCUCUUGCGCCAACGGAAACUAUCAACUUCUGGCUCGCUCGCUGGUCAGAUCAAGCGGAUCAAGAAACAUGACAAGGUUCACCGGAAUGUGCCCCCGUUACCGCGCUUGAAUGAGAAGGCCACCGCUCUCAAGAUCUUGUAUGAAGGGGCUUUGCGCGAUCUCGAGAUGGCGACUGGGCAACCAGUGCCCGAAAAUCUAGAAGAGUUAGUAAAGGAUGCUCUUAUGAAGGGAAGAACGGAAGCUCGGGGGUCUAUGCAGGUGGGAGAGGCGGGAUAUGGGUAUCGUAAAUUCAGUUCGGCGACUUCUUCCAUUCAGACGUCUCCGCGAGGACACUGUGAGGAGGAGAGGUCCUAA